AUGACGAUAUGGAAUCUCCAGAAAUUCAUUCAGCAUGAUCACAGGAUAUUGGGCUGGGAUUGGGGCAGUACCGCAAUCAGAGUCAGUCUACUCACUUUCAAAGGUAGAGAGCGGAUUCUACAAGAUAUAUUCAACACAGGAUCUCAUCCUGGGCACGAUGAGCGAUACCAAAAGGGUGCCUUCAACUCGGCUCUGUAUCUAGACGGAAAGGGCGAUGUGUACCUUGGUGAAAGAAUGGACGAUAGUCGAAUUCCUACCCCCUCCAAGGAACUUUUCAGCAGCAAUUCCGCCGCCAUCAAUAGUUUCAAGGCUAUCAAUAAGAAUCUGAACAGGGGGGGAAUCAGGAGCUCCCAAGAGCUCAUUGACGAGGGAAUGGACGCCAUCGCCAGAGCUGUUCUUCAGCAAGUACAAAGUUACUGUCAAGGAGGGUAUUUGCACGGUCGUGUGCUCAGCGAGGUCAAGAUCCUUCGGGUUGGGCUGUCCUACCCAGCAUUCUGGGGGCACGAGGAGCGAACCUUCUACGAAGACAUCAUUAGGAGAGUCAUGUCUGACUUCCCUGAUAUUUUUACGACCGACACAGAUGUGGACUUCCACGUGGAAAGUCUAGCUUCAGCACAUAACUUAUUCUGGAACCAACGCCUUCACGAUGAGAUUCUUCGAAUAUCCGACAAACCCGCACUUUUAGUCUUCUUGGACUUUGGCGGCUACACUUUGAACGGCUGCAUGUUUACUGUUGUACAGGGCAAGAAACAGGUGUUUAGCUACUAUAGAGUUGGCGACACAUUCUGCACAAGGGGCGGCACUGGACUGUGGGAGCAAGCCUUCGGGAAAUUUGCAAUAGAAUACUUGGAAAAGAAGCUGAAAUCCAAGUUACCUCCAAGAGAGCGGACGCAGCUUCUUCAAAACUUUCAUCUGCAUAUCAAGAAGUUACGCUCGGACAAGAUCAAGGAGAUGUCGCUGCAUGUCACAGAUCCGCAGAAUGCCAGGAGAUCGCUGACGGUGUAUCUUUCGGAAGAAGAAGCCGAGGGCUGCUUUUUGGAUGGGAUGAAACGACCCAUCGAGUUGGCAAAGGAGAAAAUUGCUGAGGCGGCAACUCUCAGCAACAGGGUACGAGUUGUAGUUUCCGGCGGAAGCGGCAAAAGCUCCAUCGUCCAGGCCUACAUCUGGGAGGCGUGCAGGAAGGCCAAAAUCGAUGAUCCCUUCUUUUUCCACGAAAAGGCGGGAGAUAAGGAUUCAUGGAAUAUCUCCAAAGGAGCGGCAAUUGCCACGGCGACCACCAUGACGGGCCUUGAGUUCAUGGAAAGAGGGGUAGCAUUCGGAAUCCAAGUUGGGCACUUGAAGAAUGAUGGUGGCUCGGCAUGGAAGAGAAAUCAGUCAGCCGUCGCGAAACAGGCAAUCUUUUGGCAAGAAGAGAUCGAAGUCACCGCUGAUGCAACGAAGUCUUAUCCUUUCACAAUAUGGUGUUCUGGGAAGAAAUGGCUCAAGAUCGUGUGUGAUCCGUUCUUACAAGUCUCAGAACGCAGAGAGGAGCUUACGGCAUCACUGAGCUACGAUGUCCUCGAGCUCCCUCCACCCAAAAGAGGCUACUGGCGUUUCACUCAUUCAAUUGCCUACGACGGUAUCGGAAACGUCGCCACGGACGAAGAGGCGACAACCCGGAUGGAAGCCCACUGGUCAUCUCCGUGCUUUUCGACCACCUUCAGCGGCAAGCUGCGAUUCAUCACAGGGGCAAAACGAAAGAAUCUCAGGGACGCCUCCAACAAGAUCGAUGGAGACAAGAAGUAG